CAACCCUUUAAAAUUAUGUAAAUGGAGGAAUUUAUGAAAUGACUGCUUGAUUUGUCACAGAUCUGUGGGCUUAGCAAUGACUAUUCUUCAGCCUUUCAGUGCCUUGGUACUUUGGCUUUCACUGUUGAUGGUAACAAGAUGGUGCAAUGUUGUGCUGGUACCAGAUAUACCAGAAGAGAAAGUUUAUUCCUGCCCAGUAAUUCAGUGCAGUGCUCCUGCAGUCAAUGGCUUACCAGGCAGAGAUGGAAGAGAUGCUCCCAAAGGUGAAAAGCAAGAACCAGGAGAAGAAUUGAGAGGUCUGCAGGGUUUCCCUGGAAGAGGACCUCCAGAAAUAAAAGAAGAUUUGGGAUAACAAGGAGAGAAAGGAGAAAAAGGAGAAUGUGGAAUUCUAGUAGCCAAUGACCUGCACAGACAAGUAACUGCUUUGGAAAGAAAAGUACAGGUUUUGGAGGCUGAACUAAACAGAUACAAAAAAGCUUUGAUUUUAAAGAACAUCAAGAGUAUUGGUAAAAAAAUAUUUGUCUCAACUGAAAAGGAAGAUACUUUUUACAAUGGAAAAUCCUUUUGUGCAAAAGCUGGAAGUGCACUUGCCUCUCCUAGGAAGGAGGCUGAGAAUACAACUUUAAAAGACUUAAUAACACCUUCGACGCAGGCUUAUAUGGGGAUAUCUGCUGAACAGACUAAAAGCACAUUCAUGUAUCCGAAUGAAGAGGCUGUAACUUACAGAAACUGGAAUGCUGGAGAACCAAAUAAUCUAAAAAAUGAAGACUGUGCAGUGAUGCAAGACUCUGGAAAAUGGAAUGAUGUUGAUUGUUGAAAUUCGUGUGCCUUAAUUAUUUGUGAAUUCUUGAGCUGAUGAAUCUAAGAAAACCCAAAGCUUUUGCUCUCAAUUAUGUGGUUGAUAUAGAAGUUUGUUCCCAUAAAGGUGGCCUGAGAUAACCAGAACCAGAGUGUAUUUAUAAUUGUUUUCUCUUUCACUUUCAGUUUUGAAUCUCCUAAUAAAAUACAGAUUUAAUUUUUUCAA